UGAUAAUGCACAAGGUACAGGGGUACUGUCGGCGGCCGGGGUUGUUCCGCUUCCGGGCGAUCUGGCCACAGCGGCAUGUGAAGGCCCCAUAACCAUUCACACCGGAGCUCGAAACGUAUCAUGGACGAGAGCAUACCGCUGCACACCUGGCAAGGCUGAGCACGCUGCGAAAUAAUCAUGAAUAUUUCCUACAACUCUGCCCUGCGGCAGAGCAAGUCGCUUCGCGCGGAGCUCUCGACGCUCAACUCCAAAGCCCAAGUUUCGCCCGGCGAGAUUGGCAACGUGUCGGCGCUGUUCGCCUCCUUCAACAAGACCCUCGACGAGUACCAGAGCAUCGCGCGCCAGGAGAUUGUCCCCAAGAAGCAGGAGGAGGCGUUUGAGCGCGUCAAGAAGUUCCGCGAAGACCUGUCCGACUUCCGCAACCAGGUCGACGGGCUGAAGAAGACGCGCGAGGACGCCCUGCACCAGUCCAACCGCGCCGAGCUGCUCGGCCGCCGGCCCUACAAUGCCACGCCCGAGAACCCGUACGCCAACGCCACCACCACCACCACCACGCACUCGACGUUCCAGCCGCGGCACCAGCCCCAGGCCAAUGGCCCGCUGACGAUGGGGUCGGGCGAGGAGGCGCGCGAGGCGCACGCCUUCCGCGAGCAGAACUUCUUCUCCACCACCAACCAGGCGCUGGACGAGUACAUUGCGCGCGGCCAGGCGGUGCUGGGCGACCUGGGCCAGCAGCGGGAGAUGCUCAAGGGCACGCAGAAGCGGCUCUAUAACGUGGCCAACACGCUGGGCGUUAGCGGGGACACGAUCCGCAUGGUUGAGCGGCGGGCGCGAGAGGACAAGUGGAUCUUCUUCGCCGGCGUCAUCGUCUUCUUCCUGUUUUGUUGGCUGGUCCUCCACUACCUGCGAUAAGUCUGGAUUUGGCCAGUUUGAGAGGAACGGGAAAGGGGGAGGGCUACAAGCAUCUCUGGCAGCAAAGGGGUGGCAUCAGCGCGGUGUUCAGGAGUUCUUUUUUUCUCGUUUC